AUGGAUCGACCCUUGCCAAGCGGCCCAGCGGAUGCUCUCAUCUGCGGAGCGUAUCUCGGGGCGUUUGAGAUGGGGUGCGCCACCAUCUGGAGUCCCGACCGCAGUUUGGAGAAGAGAAUCUGGGGAAGCAAUGCCCGGUAUUGUUUCUUGUAUCUGGCAGUUGAGCAGCGGAAGUAG